GGAAGUGUUGCGGGCGGCGCGAGCGCGUGAAGAAGCAGGAAGAGGAGGAGGAGCUUGUUGUAGUUUUGGAUAAACUGAUGGAAAUAAGAUUAGAUUAAUAAACGGGGGGAAAGGAAUGGAAAGGAAGGAAACAAAAGCCGGAUGAAGAAAAAUAUUAAACACCGAUCUGCUGAAGAGACGACUACUCCUCUCUUCUUUGUUUGCACCAAAGAUGACAACUGAAUUUGGCUUGACACAACCCAUUCUUGCAAGCUCUACUCCCAUUCUUCAUGUGGCUUGGAGCGCAUGAGCCUCAUCAUCCCCAACCACUGCCUCAUGGUGGAACCUGCAGAAUGGGGAGCAAUAGUUCAGCACUGAAAGUUUGCACUGAACACCAGGGAGGCAUCAACUGGCUCAGCCUCAGUCCAGAUGGCCAGUGGCUACUGACAGGGAGUGAAGAUGGCACUGCACGGCUUUGGAGCACGGCUGACAGCCAGUGUCGGGCCCGUUUUCAAGGGCAUGAAAGCUAUAUCACCUUUUGCCAUUUAGAAAAUGAAGUUGCCUUCACAUGUAGUGCCGAUCAUACAAUUAGGAAGUGGGAUGUGAUGACAGGUCAGUGUUUGGCUGUUUAUCGAGGACACACAUCAAUUGUGAACAGGAUCCUGGUUUUCAAAGAUUAUCUUUUCAGUGGCUCCUAUGAUAGGACAGCACGUUGUUGGAGUGUAGAUAAGGAGAAGCCAAUCCAGGAAUUUCGGGGCCACCGAAACUGCGUCCUGACAUUGGCUCUUUACUCCUCCAGGGAUGUUCUUGAAGAUUCAGAAGAAGAAGAAUUGGAAGAGGAGAAAAUGAGCAGGGACUUCCUGGUAACAGGGAGCACAGACUGCACUGUCAAAGUCUGGUGGGUGUCUAGUGGGCGCUGUCACCAGACCCUACUGGGACAUACUGGGGCUGUCUUGUGCCUUAUACUUGAUGCUCCAAACAGGGAGCUCUUUUCAGGCAGCACUGAUUACACCAUUCGGACAUGGAACAUUGUGACUGGUGAGCAGUUAAGAGUGUUCAAAGAGCAUCAAGGAUCUGUCAUAUGCCUAGAGCUGGUGAAUCGAUGUUUGUAUUCAGGGAGUGCAGACAGGACAGUGAAAUGCUGGUUGGCUGAUACUGGGGAGCGAAUCCGAACAUACAAGACUCACAAGCACAGCGUCAGUACUUUGAAAUACCAUGCUGGGAUAUUGUUUACAGGAAGUGGGGAUGCCUGUGCCCGAGCUUUUAAUACAAAGAACGGCAUCUUGCAAAGAGUUUUUCGGGGGCACAAGCUGGUUAUUAACUGCAUCCAGAUUCACAAUGAAUUAUUGUACACAGCUUCCCACGAUGGCACGCUAAGGAUCUGGGACAUACGGCAGAUCUAUAAGCGGAACAAGCGUCGCUUGAAGGAGAGAUCUAUCCAGGGCAGGCGCUCUCAGAAAGGAACCCUCUCUCGUCUCUUCAACAACAAAGUGGGCUGCAUGGUGCACCAGGAAAACAGAACGGAGCAGGAAGCGGUGGAACUUGUAUGAUGGCUGGGCAUGUGUGGGAGAGACUGAAGCUUUCUGUCAGCUACAGAGAAUAUGCCUGAACUAUUUUUGGCUUCUGUAUGUAUAUUUUGUGCCUUCAAGUUGUUUCAGACAAACAAACCUAUCACAGUGUUUUCUUGACAAAAUUUGUUCAGAGGGGCUUUGGCUUUGCCUUCCUCUGAAGAUGAGAAAGUGUGACUUCACCAAGGUCACCCAAUGGGUUUACAUGGCUGAGUGGAAAUUCAAACUCUGGUCUCCAGGGUCAUAGUCAAAUACUAUGCAAUGCUGGCUCUUCGUAGAUUUCAUCUCAUCUUGAUAUAAACCCUGCUCUUAAAGCCUAGCAGGAGCUUUAAUUUAACUUCUUGGAUUUGCUGACUGCCUGGCAUUGCCAAGCAACCAUCAGAGUUUAGCAAAUUUGCUUUUUGGACUGCAGCUCCCAGAAUCCCUGAAUAGAUGGUUGAUUCUGAGAGUUGCAAUUGGAAUCCACAUUUCCAAGCUGGGAACACGGCAGUCACAGUAUAGGGCUGUUGUAGAGCCCACAAAUGCUGAUGGAACAGUUUAUUGUUGCUAUUUGGGAAUUAAUUACAGGGAAAAGUAUUUAACACUCCUGAAGGUAUUUGAAUCUGAAGAGCACUUGGAAACACUGCUUUUACAUCACCCAUACCAUGUUUUGUUGACUACAGGGCCCUCUCCUGACAUCCUACACCUACACACUAUCUCUUUGCCACUGAGCAUGUGCAGCAUUUUAAGCAAAUAUAUGUAGCAUCUGGGUCUGUAGAUCCAGUACCACUGGAAGAAGCAGAGAAAGUGGAAGAGUAAUAGAGAGUUCAGGUUGAAGAAGACAGACUUUCUGUCAGUGAGGGGUGGGAAGCAUGAUGUACCGUAGUGCUUCAGUGAUAUAUUGGAAACAAGGAUGCUGUCCUUUCCUCCAAAUUUUGCUUUGUGCCAAGAUUUGGAGAAGUGUCUAAAAGGGCAUACAUGGGCUUACAAGGAAGAUCAGUUGCUGGGCACUGAAAAUGAACUCAGCACCUUGGACAUAAUUCCCCUUCUGAUGCUUUGAGAGGUUUUUCAGCAGAGCCAGAUGUGCAGAGAACUGAGGAGCUGGUGAGUGCACUGAUUAACAGAUAUCUAUAAAUCUUUCUCCUUAAUCUCUUAGGGAUCAUUUACACUAGUGGACUAUGCAAAUAAUCUCACCCAUGCAUUUCUGGGUUUGUUGUUCACACUAUAGAACCGCAUCUCUGUGAGUUUGGUUGCUCACACGUGCCAGCACUCGAAUAAAGAUGGAGAUGAUGAUGUGAAUGUAUUCAAAGCAUGUUCAAGUUAUGCAGAGGUUCAUCUCAGUUCAUCCCAGAUCUGUUCACAUCAGUUAUUCACACAAUCGAGAAUCUGAAUCUUUUAGAAAAACUUGGAAAGAAAUACCACACCAAUGAUCCCAGGUUAAGUGGGUUUUUUUUGGCAGACCCCCCCCCAAUGCAUUCAAAAUGCAAGUGAACAAAAAAGAUUCAACCCACAUUGUAUCUGGGUUAUUUUCUCCAUCUGAAUAACCUCUGAGCAAUUUUAGGGUGCAUCAAAGACUGAUUUAAAAGACCAGAAAGUCCCAGAUUUUGUUCCUGUUCUUUCUGAUUUUAUUUUGGAGAUCCAUACACGUUUUGUUCAUCCCGGCAUAUUUUCUGUCAGCAACCAGUAUGAUCAGAGACUUUCUAUACCAGCUCUGCAAGUCCAUUUAUUUUAAACCAAUAUAAAAUCAGAAAGAACAGGAACAAAAUAUGGGAUUUUCAAUCACUCUGGAUGUACUUUCGGUGUUUUGAAAACAGUAUGCUAAACGAAUGUGAUAGAUGCAUGAAGACUGAUUCAGCACUUUUAGUUGCUAUUUUUUUUAAAGCCAAUAAAAGCAGGAUCCAUAUGCAAAAUGUUGUAAUGUUGCUGCAAGGAACAAUCAUAAGCUGCCUACAAGUCUGCACUCUGCACAGCUACCUUUGUUGAGAAUGUUAUAGAAACUGAGUGGGAGUCAAGCCUGGUCUUGCAGAAGCAUUACCAAUGGGAGUACUCUUUGACUGGGUGUCUGUAUUUAUCCUAAAAGCACUCUGUUACCUUCAAAUGCUUAGGUCCUGGUUUGCCAAGAGGUUUUUUAAAUGUUUUCUUUCUUUCAUUGUUCUAGGCCCACAGUCAACUAGGAAUCUUCUGAUGUACUUAGAAUUAUUGCAUUGGAAGAGACCCCAAGGGUCAUCAAGUCCAACCUCCUUGCCAUGCAGGAAUUCACAAUCAAAGCACCCCUGACACAUGCCCAUCCAACCUCUGUUUAAAAACCUCCAAA